AUGGCAAAAUUUAAUUUGAAAAAACAGUCUAAGAGAAAACCAGCCCGUCUACGAUACAAAAUUGAAAAGAAAAUUCGUCAGCACAAUAAAAAACAAAGGCGGGACGCUAAAAAAAAUCCUAAAAAGACUAAACGUGAUGUAAUUCAGGUACCAAAUAUAUGUCCGUUCAAGGAGGAUAUUCUAAAAGAAGUCGAGGCGAUGACAAAACAAAAAGAAGAGGAGAAGCAGCGGCAAAGAGAAUUAAUUCGCCAAGAAAAAAUUAAGCAAAGAGAAGAGGCAAAGAAAACUGUAGUAGCUGGAGGUUUAGAAGGCCUAGUGGCCAACGCUGAGGUGAGAGGAAAACUACACGAGCAUCUUACACCUGGUGUUUCAGAAAAAACUCACGAUUUAAGUAGCGAAAAUUCUUUAAAACAGUACUAUAAGGAGUUUAGAAAGGUUAUUGAAGCUGCUGAUGUGGUUUUAGAAGUUGUCGAUGCUAGAGAUCCUUUGGGCACUAGGUGUACACAGGUCGAGGAAGCUGUCAAAAAUAUGAAAGGCAACAAAAGACUCGUUUUGGUGUUAAACAAAGCAGAUUUAGUCCCCCGAGACGUUCUCGACAAAUGGCUGAAAUAUCUCAAACGAUCAACUCCAGCGAUCGCCUUUAAAGCAUCAACACAAACACAGAAGCAGAAGUUAGGCCAGAAAAAGUUUUCAAAAACCGCCAAUACUAUGCAAAGUUCCUCAAGCGUAGGUGCGGAUUUAUUAAUGUCCUUGUUAGCAAAUUACUGCAGAAACAAGGGCAUUAAGACGUCUAUAAGAGUUGGUGUCGUGGGGUUACCUAAUGUCGGCAAAAGCUCAAUAAUAAACAGUUUGAAGAGAUCUAAAGCUUGCAAUGUUGGCGCUACUCCAGGGGUCACAAGGGCGAUGCAAGAAAUUCAGUUAGAUUCAAAAAUCAAAUUGUUGGAUUCCCCUGGUAUCGUUUUCGCAUCGGGAAGUGACAGCAGUGCGUCGUUAAGAAACGCAGUGCGUAUUUCUACUUUACAGGACCCUAUAACGCCUGCAAAUGCAAUUCUGCAGAGGGUCACGAAACAGCAAAUGAUGGAAAUGUAUGAUGUAACGGAAUAUAGCACACCCGACGAAUUCUACAGUUUAAAAGCACGUCGUACGGGGAAAUAUAAAAAAGGUGGUGUUCCUGACGUUGCAGCUGCAGCAAGAGGGUUGUUAGAGGAUUGGAAUAACGGUAAAAUAAAAUAUUAUACCCUGCCACCAGAGGAAAACGAAAACGAUGUACAUAUAAGUUCAUCGAUCGUUACAGAGGUUGCAAAAGAGUUCGACUUGGACAGUUUUGAAUCUAUGGAGACUGAGAUAUUAAACAAAAUUGGAAAAGAAGCGGAUCCGAAAACAAAUUCCUUUGUUUUAGAUAGUCUGGGUCCUGUGGAGUCUGUCGAGGAAAUGGAAGAGGAUGUGGAAGAUAAAGAAUUGUUAAGCGACAGAAUAAAAGUCGCGCCGACAAAGAAGAGUGGAAAAAGUAAAGUCGAGCCCAGAUUGAAAAAGGUGGAUCCCGAAAUGGAAUUGGAAGGCAAUCAAAAGCUAAAUCAGAUUCGGAAGAACCAGUUUAAAAAGGAGAAGAAACAAAGAAAUAGAAGAGAAAAAGUGUCGCAGCAGUUAGCUGCAGGAUUGGACAAUUUUUCUUUGAACACCAAUAAAGAUAUGUCCGUUGAGAGUUACGAUUUUGAUACAGAUUUUACUACGAAGUAAUUUAUUUGUUUUUAUUCUCAAGUUGAUAAAAUAUAAAAAUAUAAAACUUAAA